GAAGAAGAACCGGAAGUUUAGCUGCCCCUCCGGUUCGCGAUAGUUAAAGCGACGCUGGUGUCAUCGUAUUAUCGGUUUAGGGUUUGUCAACAUAAACUACAACCUUAUUUCGUGCCCAGCCACGAACGUAUAAUUUCACAGGGGUCUCUGGAGAGAUGAACAACGCCGGGAAUAAGAGAGCUCCAACUACAGCCACUCAACGACUUAAGCAGGAUUACCUCAGGAUAAAGAAAGACCCGGUGCCUUAUAUCUGUGCUGAACCGCUACCCUCCAACAUCUUAGAAUGGCACUAUGUAGUCAGAGGUCCUGAGAAAACGCCAUAUGAAGGAGGAUAUUAUCAUGGAAAGCUCAUAUUUCCUCGGGAAUUUCCCUUUAAACCACCAAGCAUCUAUAUGAUAACACCAAAUGGGAGAUUCAAGUGCAACACCAGGUUAUGUUUGUCCAUCACAGACUUCCAUCCAGAUACAUGGAACCCAGCUUGGUCCGUUUCUACAAUUCUUACUGGUUUGCUCAGCUUCAUGGUGGAGAAAGGACCAACCCUUGGAAGCAUUGAGACCUCAGACUACACUAAACGACAGCUCUCAGCCCAAAGCCUGGCCUUCAACCUCAAAGACAAAGUGUUUUGUGAUCUGUUUCCUGAUGUAGUCGAUGAGAUCAAGCAGAAACAGAAGAUCCAGGAAGAGUUAAAUGCCCGCACUCAGCCCCUCCCUUUACCUGAUGUGGUGCCCGACGGUGACCCUCAACAAGCCCACUAUGGCCUCCCAGCCUUAAAUGGAGGACAGGUCCCAGUGGGGGGUGCCAACCCUGCUCCUGGCCUGCAGCAGGCCAAUCGCAACCAUGGACUUGUAGGUGGGGCUCUAGCCAAUCUGUUUGUGAUUGUUGGCUUUGCAGCAUUUGCCUACACAGUCAAGUACGUUCUGAGGAGCAUAGCCCAGGAGUGAGAAGAGCCACUCUCCCCAAAUUUGGUGAGCCCCUUUAUGGACAACAAACUUGACAAACACACUACGUGGGAGAGAGAUGUUAAACCCCUCCUCAACCACCACUACCACCAUGGACUUUGGAAGACAAAAACUCAAAACCCACCCACCUGGGAGAGACUGUGAGCGGGAGGUGGGAGGGAAAGUGGAUGGGAGUGGGAGUUUGGCCGGGGGGGUUGGAGGGGCUUUAUUAAAAUGGUUAUGAUCCACUUUGUGUUACAGUGGUUUAUAUCAGUCCUAGAAAGAAACUUGGCUCAUGGGUUGUGAAAGAGUGUAGACAAAUGUCUUCUCAGCAAGUCUCAACACCAAGACUGUUAUCUUGAAGUCACCUGGGCGUUUUUUUUUUUUUUUUUUUCAGUUACAAAGACGAGGUUAUUUUCUAAAUGAGUGGGGAGAUGAACACAACUGCUAUUUCAGCGCUUGCUAGGACAUUUCAACAAAACAACCCAACAAAAAACAAUAUUAAUUGCUC